UUGGGCUUCCUGUGCAAAAAAUGGCGGAUGUCUUACGGUUUGGACUUGGUGCAAGAUGAACGUCUUUUCUGGAAGACAGCUCUGCAAAAGGAGUGGGGUUAUAGUAUACCCAGAGGAAGUGGUCCAGAGCAAAGUCGUAGCUCUAUAUUUUUCUGCCAGCUGGUGUCCCCCCUGUCAGGAAUUCACUCCAAUUCUAAAAGAUUUCUACGAAGAGUUACAAGCGAAUGAUAUGCCUUUUGAAGUCAUUUUCAUAUCUUCUGAUAAAUCAGCUGAGGAUAUGGACAGGUAUAUGAAGGAGAGUCAUGGCGACUGGCUGGCCUUAUCUUUUGGGAACGAGAUGAUAAAGGAGUUAAAAACAAGAUAUCAUAUCACUUUGAUUCCAAAACUAGUUGUCAUUGAUGAUGAUGGUGAAGUUGUUACUUUGAUGGGACGCAGGGAAGUGACUGAAAAUGGACCCAAGUGUUUCAAACAAUGGGCUCAUGCAGUUGGAGUUGCAAGAGGGGAAAUAGCUACUACUGUGACGAGAGGAACAGUCAGUGAAGGCGACUGAAUAUUCAACAUUUGCAUGAGUGAGAGAUGGAUAAAAAAAAUUGGGAAACGUCUUGAAAAAUUAAGAACAACAAAAAUACCACCGUGUUCCUGCUACUUAAGACAGGGAGUCCUUGAAGCGAAUUGGAAARAUUUUCMSCYCMCCCCCC